AUGCCACUCAUCACGCCCACCCUCCUCCCCCUCCUCCUCGCGCUCUCGACCCUUUCCGUGGCAGUGCCACAUUCACCACUCAUAUCACGAGCAGAUACGUCCUGCAGCGAUAUCCACAUCCUCGUAGCGCGCGCUUCCACCGAGGCGGCGGGCGAUGGGGUAAUCGGCAGCGUCGCAGCGGCAGUGAUUAGCAGCUCGAGCAAGACGGUGACGCAGGAGGCAAUCGACUACCCCGCGCUUUUGUCACCGUAUGACACCUCCUCGCAGGCGGGGACCGCGGCGGUAAAGAAGCAGUUUGCGGCGUACGCGGCUAGCUGCCCAGACGCGAAGAUCGUGCUCAUGGGGUACUCGCAGGGGGCGCAUAUAAUCGGCGAUGCUAUGUGCGGCGGCGGCGGAUUGCUUAUCGGCGCGAAGACCGAGCCGAUGGCUUCCAGUCUCACGUCGAAGGUCGUAGCAGUCCUGCAAAUGGGCGACCCCCGCCACACCAAGGACGAAACCUACCACGUGGGGACGUCGACAGGCAGCGGGCUGUUCCCUCGCACGAGCGACCAGAGCUGCGAGUCGUACGCCAGCGUCUUCCGUUCUUACUGCGACUCUGGAGAUACCUUCUGCGACUCGGGUUUGAAUACCCUUGCACAUCUGAUGUAUGUUACGGUCUAUGGCACGGCUGCUGCGAGGUGGGUUGUCGAGAAGAUUGGAGGUUAG